AUCCUUAAUGCCCAAUUAGCCAACAUGACUAAUUCUGUUCCGUGUGACGCAGUUUGGAGGCAGAUCAUCUGCGAUGGAGAGAAGGGGACUGUGCUGUUUAUUGGGAACGUGCCCCCUACAGCAGGUCUUUGGCUUGGUGAGGAAUGGGAUAACCCAGAACGAGGCAAGCAUGACGGGAGCAACAAGGGAAUCCAGUAUUUCAAAAGCAGUCACCCUACCAGCGCAUCCUUUAUCCGCCCCAAGAAAGCCAACUUUGGAGUGGACUUCCUGACAGCAGUAAAAAGGCGUUACGAGCUAGAGGACAACCAGGACAACACAGUGAAAAUGACUGCUGGCAAAACGGCAGUCCAAAUGGUGGGGUUUCAAUCUGUCUCAGAGAAACUGAGUGGGAACAGACUCAGCAUCCCUGCAAAUCCCUCCUCACUGACCCAUGCUUUUGCCAAUCUGAAGGAGUUAGCACUAAACAAAACUGGGGUUAACUGGUCCUUGCUUAUACACUUGGACGUCAUGCCCGCCGCACUCAACAAACUUUUACUGACAAACACAGGGUUGCGUUCAAUACAUUUUGAUGAUGUUGGGCCAGGCUGCAAAACAGCAAUGUUUCCCUCACUAGAGUUUUUAGCAGUUGACAACAACAGCAUUUUUCAGUGGUCCUUUGUGAACGAGCUGGAGAAGCUACAGAGUCUGCAGAAGCUGUCUUGCCUCAAUAACCCUCUGAUGUCAGCCGAGAGGAAUGCAGGGACAGCACAGCAGCUGAUAAUUGCGAAGAUAGGAAAAAUACAGGUCUUCAACAAGUCAAAUAUAUUGCCGGACGAGAGAAGAGGUGCGGAACUGGAUUAUCAUAAAAUAUUCGGAAAAGAGUGGCUGGAAGCUGGAGGGCAUCAGGACCAAGAGAAGAAUCGACCCAGCGAAGCCUUUACUGCUCAGCAUCCUAGAUACCAGAUUCUCAUUAAGAAAUACGGUGCUCCCGAAGAUGGUGAGCUAACAGAGAAGCAGCCGUUCGCAUUGAAAAAUCAGCUGCUGACCAUAACCUUCAAAUGUCCAGAUAGGGAUGAAAAAAAACAUAUUGAAAAGAAACUUCCAGAGUCUAUGACUAUUCAGAAGGUGAAAGGAUUGCUUUAUCGUCUAUUAAAGGUUCCAGGUUCUGAAUUGAAACUCACAUACUCAAGCUCAAAUAUGGAAGGUAACGAAAUUGAAAUAGAUAAUGAUUUGAAGCCACUGCAGUUCUACUCCACUGAAGAUGGGGCUAGCGUGCUGGUGCGAUGGUCCUGAUGAUAGGACCAAAAAAACUGAACCGAGCAUCUACCAUUGUGGAAAUCAAAUCGGUCAGGGUCCUGUAUCGCAUCCAGCCAUCAGAAA